AUGUUAUAUUCGUAGCGAGAAAUUAUUAGAUUUUAUUUAGUGUUUUCAGUGGAAAAAUAAAAGUUUCUGUUUCAAAAUCUAAUCAAUUGUUUGAAUAUAAGUAUAUCAAAGUAAUGGUAGACUCAAUCGAUUUAAUUACGAUUUGUGUGUCGGCUAUAACUUUUGUGAUCAUAAACCAAAUUAUAGUCCGAUUCCUAAGACCGCAAUCUAUCGGUUUCAACACAUUUCUCGACUGGAAGUUCAGGAAUAUAUUUACAUCGCUUUGCCAUUCAUUUACAGUCGGCUUUGGGAUUCUCUAUGUUAUAAUAGACGACCGAUCGAUACUAUCAGAUAUGUUGAGCGCCGAGUCCAGUGCUGGCGAUGCCUUGAUAUGCAUAUCAACCGGUUAUUUCGUGUACGACCUCAUGUUGUCGCUCACAAACCUUCAAUACCCGGGCAGAGUCGAGAUAAUAGUACACCACGUGAUGACCCUCUCGUGUCUUACUGUCUCACUCUACGAGCGAAGAUUUAUGGCCUACUGUAUGGUGGGGCUGACGGUCGAGAUCUCCUCGUUCUUCAUUCACGUCAGGGAACUCCUACUACUUUCCGGUGCGCUCAGGACAUCAGUGAUUUACUACUCGAAUAGCAUUCUUACAGUUUUCACUCUAAUAGUGUUCCGCUUUUUGCCGUUGAGUUGGAUUUCCUACGGUUUAUACACCGAUAGACAACACAUCGAAUUGGCGUUGAUUUUAAUGGCUGUCCUCUUCUUAGUGGUCAUAUUCCUAGUGUCCAGUGUUUUGCUGUAUAGAGUGGUGAACAUCGAUUUCAACUCAACCAUCGCACGGCAUAUGAUGCAUACGAUUGUCGCGAUUACCAAUAAAUUUCACUUCAAGUGCUCGUCGAAAGUGAAGAAAUUUUUUUAAUGCAAACCUC